GCAGCACUCCAAAUCAGAGAUUGUUUCCCAUUUGUCUUCAAGUUUAUAAUAAUUUGUAUUUAUUUUGCAAAUCAAUACAUAUUAUUUGAUUUUUGCAGAUUUUGUGACUACACAUCUUUGGCGACUCCACUGGGGAAAUCUCUGCCUCUCAUCUUUCAGUUGAAGAAAAAUUCCACCAUAUCUUUCUAGGCAUGGCGGACUCAAAGCAAGCUGUAACUCCUCUUGCAACUCGAAAAGUUCAAAUCUUUUCCAAUCAAUCUUCCUUGUUGACUCGUGCCAAAGCACGCAUGACGAGAUCCAAGUUGGUUUCCCCCUUGAGGCAAUUCACUAGAAGACGUCGUAAGGAGGCUGCAAUGAAAAAACGAGCAUUAACCAUCCAGUCACCUUUCCAGCCUGUGAAGGAUGUCAAGUACUUCUCUUCAGAAUCUAGUGAAGGUGAAGAACUUAGUCUCAAGCCCAGUCAUGUGUCUACUUCAAAGUUAAGGUGGGCUGACUAUCCUUCAUCAUCGUCUAAGUCCCUCUUACCUGCCUUGGUUACUGAAGCGACAUCUGGUGACCUAGAUGCUCUCCUCAAAGCUAUGGAAGGCUUAAGGAAAGCUGUGGCUGAAAAGGAUGCCCAAAUCAAGGAACUCCAAGAACUCUUAGCGGCUCAACACUUAUCAAAACAGAAUAACCAAGCAGCAUCAAGCUCAAUCGCUGAAAAAGCUCUCGAAAACAAGGAAGACUCAUUAAGGACUUCAGAUCGGGGUAAGCAAGUCACUAUGGAGGAAAGCUUGGAGCAACAAAAGCAAGAGCAACUAGAUCGAACAAUUCUCCAAGGUGCUUUCCGUGACACUACUCAUGCUACUGUGGCAUCUCUCACAUUUCCACAACUUAAACUUUUAGUUGAUGAUGUGAUUCGAGCUCGGCAAGGAGGAACCUCACAAUCUUCACUUAUGUAUGCCAAGCCCUAUACUCGUAGGAUUGAUAAUCUAAGCCUACCAGAUGGCUACCAACCACCAAAAUUCCAAAAGUUCAAUAGGAAGGGCAACCCAAGGCAACACGUCGCCCAUUUUGUUGAAACAUGCAACAAUGCUGGCACCUAUGGGGACCUCAUGUUAGAGCGAGAAUUCUUGACACGUUUUUACAAUACCAAGCGUACUGUUAGCCUGCCUGAACUUGCUAACACUAAGCAAAAGAAAGAUGAGUCUGUGAUAGACUUCGUUGAAAGAUGGAGGAAUCUCGUCCUAAAUUGUCGAGAAAAGAUUAGUGAGAUCUCUUCUAUUGAUAUGUGUGUGCAAGGUAUGCAUUGGGGACUGCUGUAUAACCUUCAAGCUAACAUGCCACAUACCUUUGAAGAAUUGGCCACUCGUGCCCAUGACCUGGAAAUUCAAAUUGCUAGGCAUGGUAACUUUCUUCCAACAAACGCUCAUGAUAAAAAAGAGUCUCGAAAAGAUGUGAAGAAGGAAGUGAAACCUUCAAAAGCAAAAGAAACUAUGGCAGUCACAACAGCGCCUGUGAAGAUCUCACAACAAAAGCCAAAGCCAAAUCCUAAACAAGGUGUCAAGAUUGUUGAGGAUCAGGGUCAAAAGAAGAAGUCUACCUUGAAAGAGUUGCAACAAAAGGAGUAUCCAUUUGCAGACUCUGAGGUGCCAGCUAUUUUUGAGCAAUUGUUGGCGCUAAACCUAAUUGAACUUCCAGCUCCUAAGCGCCCAGAGGAAGUUGGGAGAGUAAAUGACCCAAAAUACUGUAAGUAUCACCAAAUUGUGAGUCAUCCAAUCGGUAAGUGUUUUGUGUUGAAAGAUCUGAUAGUUCGUCUUGAGAAAGAAGGCAAAAUACAACUAGAAAGUGAAGAGGGUUCUGUUGCCACCAAUGUUGCCAUGGUUUCCUUCGGAUCCUUCAAUCUAGUUCCACUCCUGCUUGUGCAACCAACCCCACUAAUGGUUCAGCCUAAGGAAUUUGGUCCCCACCUGCCCAAGGGGGCAACACCUGCCCAAGGGGGCAAUUCAAGCUCUCUUUCUUUAUAUGACCUUAUGACGGUGAAUCUUGAAGAUUGGGAAUCAUCAUCUGAGUCUGAAGCUGAGGUUGGCGAUGGUUGGUCAACCUUCAUUAGUAAGAGCAAAAAACACUGUAAUCCAGUAUCUAGUGGAAUGCCACUCCCAGAUCCUCAUAAAAUCAUGUAUGGUAUCUAUCCAGAGAUAAAGCCGACUGGAUGGUGUUCAAACUCUGAGUUUCCUGCCUUUGACAAUGAUGAUGAUGGGUGGAUUCCAGUUCAAUCACGAAGGAGGAGGCAUCAUUCAAGACCCACACUACCAUCCAUCCAACAAAAUCAUUCAUUUCUUUCAGCUUUGCCAGUUGCACCAAAAAAUCAAGAACAACGUCAGCUAGUGAAAAGGAGUUCUGAUUUACAAACAAGACUUCGACAAGUUCCUAAGAAGAGAAAGUCACUAUCUGAAAAAGAUAUGAACUCAAAAGAAAGAGCUAUAGUUACUCUUUAUGAAUACUUUCCAGAGGGAUAUUUUUUUGAUGAGGAAGUAUCUGUUAAUGUCACAAGUUUCAAGACAGAAAACAAACCAUCAUCUAAAGAAGAAGCUGAGGGUUCCAAGAGCCAAUCAAAUGAUCCCGAAGCUGAUGGAAGUAUAGAGAAAUUGAAGCAACUUCCAUCUGAUUUACAAUUAUCCAAAGCCUUGCAGCUUUCAUGGGAUACACGCCUUGCUCUUGUACAAGCUUUGUUAGACCCGAAAAAGUUCCAAGGUGAGCUGGCCAAGCCAAAAACUAAGGCUGAAUGUUUAGGAACAAUAACCUUCACAGAUGAAGACCUGAUUGGGAUAACUGUCGAUGAAUUGACUAGUAGUAAACUCCUAAUCCAAGGCUUUAACCAAAAAGGCCAACGUGCAAUUGGCAAGAUCCGCAUCAAUUUCCAAAUCACAGACAUGGCAACCUCAGCUUUGUUCCAUGUCAUAGAGGCUAAAACAUCAUAUGAGCUUCUUUUAGGACGAACAUGGAUUCAUGAAAAUGGGGUGCCUUUCACGAAAGAAGAGUCCCAUUUUGCUGAUGCCAAAUUUUAUGAAAAGGAAGAAGAUGAUUUUGAAGCUCUUCCUAUCAAGAUGCCACAAAUAAAACAAAAGAAUGACGGAAAAAUUGUUGUUCACCCUAUAAAAGAUCCAUCUUCAAGUUCUGAAGUUCAUCUUUCAGUAGAGGAUGUGAAGGUGCUCAAGGAAGAUCUUGUGCUUCCAUUGUCUACACUCUCUAAGCUAGGCAUUUCUAAUCCAUUUAUAAAAGAAAUGGUUGAAACAGCCAUAGAACAUGAAAAGCAACCUCAAGGAUGGUUUGAUCCUCGUGCUCAAAUGUUGCUAAAAAGGGCUGGCUUCAGAGAAGGAGAGUCUCGGCAACUUGGGGAUUUGAACUCUAUCCUUACAAGUACUCAAGCAACCCAAACUGGGAAGGAAGCUGUGUUGAGAGGAGAACCUGUUCCAAAGCAGAGGCAUGGGCUUGGAUUUCAAUCAUCUAAACCUGCAAAGAUCAAGAUAAAAAAGAAGUCAGCAAAUCCAAUAACCAUCCAGAUUUUUGAAACCAACGAGGUUGAAGGGACUCCACAACUACGACCUUCAGUCUUUUCUAGACUUGGUGCUAAGCAGCAAAACAAUAAGAAAACAUCUAAGAGUCAGAAAGUUCAGAAGAACAAGCACAAGUCUAUGCACAGAAAAAAGUAUCAAUGGAGGCGUAAAGACGUCCUUGAUGGGCAAGAGAUCUCAAAGCCUUCCGUUGAGGAGGUAAAGGCAGUUGAAUCAAACCAUGUCUCAAUUGAGAAAAUUUCUGACUCUAAUUCUUCAGAUGAAGAACCAAAUCCAGCCCCAGAAGCCUUUGAGGAGGGGGGACAAGCUACUACUGAUGAGCUAAAGCAACGAAACUUGGGUACAGAGGAUGAUCCAAGACCCAUUUUUCUUAGUGCAUCGUUGAGUUUGGAGGAAGAAGUAAGAUAUGUGCAACUACUCGAUGAGUACAAGGAUGUGUUUGCAUGGUCUUACAAAGAGAUGCCAGGCUUAGCCCCAAAAGUAGCUGUUCAUUGUCUAGCUGUGAAGCAUGGGGUACGCCCAAUGAAGCAAUCGCAGCAACGUUUUCGUCCAGACCUUAUCCCACAAAUUGAAGUUGAGGUUGAUAAGUUGAUUGAAGCCGGCUUCAUUCGAGAGGUCUAUUAUCCAUCCUGGAUUGUGAACAUUGUUCCAGUUCGUAAAAAGAAUGGACAACUCAGGGUAUGUGUAGAUUUUCGUGAUCUAAACCAAGCAUGCCCAAAAGAUGAUUUUCUACUUCCGAUCAUAGAGCUUAUGGUGGAUGCAACCAUGGGGCAUGAAGUUUUGUCCUUUAUGGAUGGAUUCUCUGGUUACAACCAAAUUCGCAUGGAUCCUAAGGAUGAGGAGCUUACAGCUUUUCGAACACCAAAGGACCCUUUAAAAUACAUCAUGUCAAGGCCGGUGCUUUCUGGUAGAUUAGCAAAAUGGGCACUAUUAUUGUCUGAAUUUGAAAUAAUUUAUGUGCCACAAAAGGCGGUAAAAGGACAAGCCUUAGCUGAUUUUCUUGCAGAUCAUCCAAUUCCAGCUGAAUGGGAGUUGUCAAAGGAUCUUCCAGAUGAGGAGGUGUUCUUUAUAGAUGUAUUGCCAUCAUGGGAGCUUUACUUUGAUCGAGCAUCAAGAAGAGAUGGUGCUGGGGUUGGUGUGGUGUUUGUAACGCCAAAAAAUGAAGUAAUACCAUUCUCUUUCUCUUUAAGAGAACAAUGCUCCAAUAAUGUUGCUGAGUAUCAAGCCUUGAUUGCGAGCUGGGAGAUGGCUCUUGAAAUGAAAAUUUAUCAACUCAAUGUUUAUGGGGACUCAAGCUUGGUAGUGAAUCAACUCAUAAAGGAGUUUGAUGUUCGAAAACCAGAACUUGUCCCAUACUUCCAAUAUGCCUCUCAACUCCUUGAGAAAUUUGAUCAUGUCUCAAUUGCCCACAUUGCUAGGAGUCGAAACAAGCAAGCAGAUGCUUUGGCUAAUUUAGCUGCUGUCAUUGCAAGUCUCGAUAAUCAAGAAGUCACUAUUUUUGUGUCGCAACGAUGGAUUUCACCUCAUUUGAGAUCUGAAGAUGCAGAAAGCAAUGUUGUUUCAGUAUGUGUCAUUGAGAAAGAAGACUGGAGACAACCAAUCAUCAAUUACUUGGAACAUGGAAAGCUACCAGAUGAUCCACGCCCAAAAUCCACAAUUCGGAGGAGGGCUCUACGCUUUGUUUACUUUUGUAACACCCUCUAUCGGCGAUCUUUUGAUGGAGUUCUCCUUAGAUGUUUGGAUGGAGAUGAAUCAUCCCAAGUGGUUGAGGAGGCGCAUUCUGGAAUUUGUGGAGCUCAUCAGUCUGGUCCAAAGCUUCACUACCGAAUAAGAAGAAUGGGAUACUAUUGGCCAACAAUGGUAAAGGAUUGCAUGGAAUAUGCGAAGAAGUGUGAAGCAUGUCAAUUUCAUGCCAAUUUUAUCCAUCAGCCACCAGAGCCUUUACAUCCAACAAUAGCAUUGUGGCCCUUUCAUGCUUGGGGUUUAGAUGUGAUUGGACGCAUAACACCAAAAUCUUCAGCUGGGCAUGCAUAUAUCCUGGCAGCAACUAAUUACUUCUCCAAAUGGGCGGAAGCUGUACCUUUGAGAGAAGUCAAGAAGGAAAAUGUUGGUGAUUUCAUUCGAGUCAAUAUCAUCUAUCGGUAUGGUGUUCCAAGGUACAUAAUUACAGAUAAUGGCAAGCCUUUUAGCAACAGUCUCAUGGACAAGCUGUGUUCAAAGUUCAAGUUUGCCCAACAUUUUUCCUCCAUGUACAAUGUUGGUGUGAAUGGAUUGGCAAAAGCUUUUAAUAAAACCCUUUGCAAUCUCCUUAAGAAGGUUGUUUCAAAGUCCAAGCGGGAUUGGCAUGAAAGAAUUGGUGAAGCACUUUGGGCAUAUCGAACGACUCAUUGUACUCCAACAAAAGCAACUCCUUAUUCCCUUGUGUAUGGAGUUGAAGCUGUUCUCCCUUUGGAAUGCCAAAUUCUAUCUCUCAGGAUCGCCAUUCAAGAAGGUCUUACUGAUGAACAAAAUGCCAAGCUUCGUCUCCAAGAACUAGAAGCCUUAGAUGAGAAAAGAUUGGAGACCCAACAACACUUAGAGUGUUAUCAAGCCAGAUUGUCCAGGGCUUUCAACAAGAAGGUCCGACUAAGGGCAUUUCAAGUUGGAGAUGUGGUGUUAGCUGUUCGAAGGCCAAUUGUCAUCACUCGUCAUUCAGGGGGCAAGUUUACUUCAAAAUGGGAUGGUCCUUAUAUCGUGACAGAAGUUUACAGUAAUGGUGCCUACAAGAUUAUUGACAAAGAUGGUCUACAGAUUGGUCCCAUUAAUGGAAAGUUCCUCAAGAAGUUUUACUCUUAAAAAAAUGUAAUACUCCUAGUUACAAGAGUAUAAACUGUAUGACCAAAAUAAAAAAAUGUAAUACUC